ACCCGUUGGUUGCACGACUUCAGACACAAACGUUUUUUCUCUCCAAGUUUCUAACCCUAUCUAAUACAACACAAAAUUUAAUGCCACCCCGUGGAAUUACGGAUUAUUGGGAAGACAAAGAAAGAAAUUGUGCGGUUGCUCAAACCCCCAUUAAAGCAUCCACAUAGAGCUUGUUUUCGUAUAAGAAACCCAAUCCACACUACUUACACAACAAUGGAGGAAGAACCUACUCGAAUAAUGCUUGCAGUGAAUCAAUCUACCAUCAAAGGCUAUCCCCAUCCUUCCAUUAGCAGCAAAAGAGCCUUUGAGUGGACUCUCCAGAAGAUCGUCCGCUCCAACACCUCUGGUUUCAAAUUCCUCUUCCUCCAUGUCCUUGUCCCUGACGAAGACGGUUUUGAUGAGGUAGAUAGUAUCUUUGCAUCACCUGAUGAUUUUAAAGAGUUGAAGAAAAGGGACAACGCAAGAGGGCUUCAUCUACUGGAGUACUUUGUCAAUAGAUGCCACGAAAUUGGGGUUGCUUGUGAAGCUUGGCUUAAGAAAGGCGAUCCAACUGAAGUAAUUUGCCUAGAGGUGAAACGUGUUCUACCCGAUUUUCUAGUUGUUGGAAGCAGGGGACUUGGCCCAUUCAAAAAGGUUUUUGUGGGCACUGUUAGUGAAUUCUGCGCAAAACAUGCUGAGUGCCCCGUCAUCACAAUUAAACGCAGGGAGGACGAGACACCCGAUGAUCCUGUCGACGACUGACCUUCCAGCCGUUAAAACUUAUGACAUAUUUGAUUUCGUUUCAUCCUGUUGUUUAUAAAUAAGAAACUUUUGGUGAGUGUCUUGUGUAUCAAGUGUGUAAAAGUUGCCAAUUCGUCGUUGAUUUGUACUUGUUCUGUGGUUUGUUUAAAUAUACAGUCAACCAUUGUUUGCUCGAUU